AUGGAUCCCCAGGCAGCUCGCGAGCUGCUGGAGUACCUGCGCACAUGUUACCCGAUCCUGCUCCUCGUUCUCUUCGUCGUGGCCUUCGUGGCCAACACGAUGGUCGUCGCCCGCAAGGCCAACCGCCAGGAAGCCCAGAAUGUCGGCCCCGGGGGUCGUCCCCUGCCCAGACGGUCCCGCAGCGACUCGGCAUUGAAGAAGACGCAGGCCUUCUCGCGCACCGUCAAGCUGUGCUUCAACUGGCUCUCGGCCGCCGUCCUCCUCACCUUCCUCGCCGAUGCGACCAUCUACGUCGUCCAUGUGAUGGUAGCCCGAUCUGAACAAUGGUGGCGGGGCCAGUCGGUGGUGAUCUACAUCGUCGGUUCUUUUUUCGACUAUGCGGUCAUUCUGAUGACCUUACUCGAUACCACCCCAUCCCCAACGCCCGCUCAACUCGUGUGUUGGUCCGUCGCUAUCCCUAUCGAAAUCGUUAUCCUUACCACCUCCCUGUCCUUCUACACCUCCGUCCACCAUGAGCCCACCGUGGGAGAUCCUGACGGCGGUCCGCUCCGCCGGACUAUCACUUUCUGGGAGAGCAUGGAAGUUGUCUCCAACAGUGUCCGGAUUCUUCUUCUCUUCGCUCUCGUCCUGCUCUACACCUGCAACUCCUUCACCUUCAAGAGCCAUGGUGGACAGACACACCGUGGGGCGAAUGGGGCCUCCGAAACCACCGGACUGCUCGAUUCCUCAGGCGCCGAGAAUGGUCACGCUAAUGGACAUGCCUAUGGCUCAACAAAUGGGGCUGCACGCCCCGAAGCGAAGCCCCAAGAUCCCUGGGUACGGCCCACCACCAUGCCGUCCACGAGCUGGUGGGAGUAUCUGAGUGGCUACUCUCUAUUCUUCCCCUAUCUUUGGCCCUCCAAAUCUCGUCGCCUUCAGAUUGUCGUCGUAGCCUGUUUCGUUCUGCUGGUCCUCCAGCGCAUCGUAAACGUUCUGGUCCCGAUCCAGGUCGGAGCUAUUACGACUGCGCUGGCCAAGCAGCAAGAUCUGAACACUUUCCGCGUUCCCUGGCUCGAAAUAUCCAUGUAUGUCCUUUUCAGGUGGCUUCAGGGCGGCCAAGGCUUGCUGAGCUCUCUACGCUCCAGUCUAUGGAUCCCUGUCAGCCAGUAUUCCUACAUGGAGCUUUCCACGGCCGCGUUCGAGCACGUGCAUGGCCUAAGCCUGGACUUCCAUCUGGGCAAGAAGACCGGCGAGGUGCUUUCUGCGCUGAGCAAGGGAAGCUCUAUCAACACAUUCUUGGAACAGAUCACGUUUCAAGUUGUCCCUAUGUUGGUUGAUCUAAUCAUUGCAAUCAUAUACUUCCUGGUUGCUUUUGAUGUAUACUACGCCCUCGUCGUCGGAAUUUCGACAUUUGGUUAUCUUUAUGUCACUGUCCGCAUGGCACAGUGGAGAGCAGAGAUCCGAAGACAAAUGGUCAAUGCCUCGAGACAAGAGGACGCCGUCAAAAAUGAUUCAAUGGUUUCGUACGAAACAGUCAAGUAUUUCAACGCGGAACAAUAUGAAUUCAACCGAUACCGUGGGGCUGUUAGUGACUUCCAAAGCGCCGAAUAUCACGUUCUAUUCUCCCUGACGUUACUCAACACUACCCAAAACACGGUCUUCAUGCUCGGCCUCCUACUCACCUGUUUCAUUGCCGCCUACCAGGUUGCAACUGGCCAGCAGCCGGUGGGCCGUUUCGUGUCCUUGUUGACCUACAUGGCUCAACUUCAAGGCCCUCUGAACUUCUUUGGUACUUUCUAUCGUUCCAUUCAAUCGGCCCUGAUCAAUGCCGAGCGUAUGCUGGAGCUCUUCCGAGAGCAGCCUACGGUGGUCGACAACCCCCGUUCCACCCCAUUGUUCAAGUGCAAGGGUGACAUCAGCUUUGAUAAUGUCGAAUUCUCAUACGAUGUGCGAAAGCCCGCUUUGAACGGACUGACAUUCCGCUGUGAACCGGGAACUACUACUGCUUUGGUGGGAGAGUCUGGCGGAGGUAAAUCGACAGUCUUCCGGCUCCUGUUCCGCUUCUACAAUGCCGAGAAGGGCUCAUUGCGUGUUGAUGGAAAAGACGUCCAGGACAUCACCAUCGACUCUCUUCGCAAGCACAUUGGUGUGGUGCCGCAAGACACAGUCCUUUUCAACGAGACCCUGAUGUACAACUUGAAGUAUGCCAACCAGGAUGCUACCGACGAAGACGUCUACCGGGCCUGCCGCGCCGCCAGUAUUCAUGACAAGAUCAUGGCGUUCCCUGACGGUUACAAUACGAAGGUCGGAGAGCGUGGCCUCCGACUUAGUGGUGGCGAGAAGCAGCGUGUGGCCAUUGCGCGCACUAUUCUGAAGAACCCUCGGAUUAUCCUUCUCGACGAAGCUACUGCAGCUCUUGACACCGACACCGAGGAGCACAUCCAGCAUGCUCUUUCCACGCUCUCUCACGGCCGGACCAUGCUUGUGAUCGCUCAUCGCCUGAGCACAAUCACAACCGCGGAUCGCAUCCUGGUCCUGUCGGAUGGCCAAGUCGCUGAGAGCGGCACUCACGAGGAGCUUCUGGCCAUGAAGGGUCGUUAUGCCAGCAUGUGGCGCAAGCAAAUUCGGGCGCAGAAGGCUGCCGCAGAGGCCCAAGUGCUUCAGGAUCGUGCGGAACGUAUUCGCAACGCAACUAACAGCGACGACAGCUCUAGCCAGUCAGAUGAGGACCGAAAUUGCGCCCGACCCGCUCACUAG